AUGACCAUGCAGACGGACGUAUUGUGCGAGGCUCUGCUUCACGCGCAGUACGGGAGGAGAGAUAGGCCAUGCCUCGCAGAUUUUCCGGCGUCGGUGUCCAGAAAAGAUGUGGAGGAAGUUUAUUUGCAGUUUAUCGCGAGCGAAGAGGCCCAAGCAGGUCAAAAUCUCAUACUUGGAGAUUUGGAAAUUAUUGGGUAUGACAAUGCCCCUCUGCUCACGGUGGCCGGUGAUUCCAUUGCAGCAGGGCUGGUUUUGGCUGAAAUGCUCUCAGAAGGGACUCUCCCCGCCUUAUUACCAAGGAAUGGUGGUUGCUAA